GCUCUAGCAUUAUAACUAGCCUGCGAUCUCCGCUACUACUCACUCACAGCACCUCUAACCGGCAUCGAACGCUCCAUACGACCCAAGUAGCAAUGUCAGAUCCUACCAAGCAGAAGAGCGAUUCCGAGUGGAGGGCAAUUCUGUCCCCCGAACAGUUUCGCAUCCUUCGUCAGAAAGGCACUGAGCCCGCCGGGACUGGCAAGUACGACAAGUUUAGCGAAGAAGGUGUCUACACUUGCGCAGGAUGCGGCACCCCUCUUUACAAGAGCACGACGAAGUUCAACAGCGGCUGCGGAUGGCCCGCCUUCUUUGAUGCUAUACCGGGCGCGGUGAACCGUCAUGAGGACCGCUCGUAUGGUAUGACACGUACGGAGAUCACUUGUGCAGCCUGUGGGGGCCAUCUUGGCCAUGUCUUCAAAGGCGAGGGCUUCCCGACCCCAACCGACGAACGGCACUGCGUCAACUCCAUCUCUUUGAACUUUUCUGAGGAGAGGAAGGAGUAGUCCAGAAUCUGUAACCGAACGCCUUAUUGUGGCAGGUGACUGUAAUAUCAUGGACCUCGCGGAACGACA